AUGAAGUUCUCUCUUUCACUCGCGGCUCUCGCCUCUGGAGCUUUCCAGGUUGUGGCUGGCCAGACAGUCUACUUUGCUGGUGACUCAACAAUGGCCAAGAACGGAGCCAACGACGGCGUGACUGACGGUUGGGGCAACUAUAUUGCCAAAUACCUGAAGGUCACAGCCGUCAACAAAGCCAUCGGCGGUCGCUCCGCCCGCUCUUACACCAACGAGGGCCGCUUCCAGGAGAUCAUCGACGUGGUCAAGAAGGGCGACAUCGUCGUCAUCGAGUUCGGCCACAACGAUGGCGGCUCCCCCACCAGUAACGACAACAAGCGCUCCGACUGUCCCGGAAGCGGCACAGAGGUCUGCAUCUCGGACGUCACCGGCGAGAAGGUCUACACUUUCGUCUUCUACGUCUCGCAGGCCGCCAAAGCCCUCGUCGCCAAGGGUGCCACCGUCAUCCUCAGCUCGCAGACUCCCAACAACCAGUGGGAGACUGGCACUUUCGAGCCCGGUGCGCCUCGCUUCGUGGGCUACGUGCCUAUCGCUGCCAAGGCUAUUGCGAGCUCCAGCGUUACCUACGUUGACCACUUCGCUGCUGUGACCAACAUGUACAAGAAGCUUGGUAACACCAAGGUCAACUCUCUGUACCCCAAGGACCACACGCACACCAGCCCUGAGGCUGCUGACCUCAUUGCCAAGGCUUUCGUCCAGGCUAUUGAUCAGGAGCUGAACGGCAAGACGAGCUUGAAGCCUUACAUCAAGACUCCUAUCACCACUGUAUACUAA